UUUCACUUGGAGACUUUCCACAACGUCGUCCUUGGCUGCAACAUGUCUACGUCGAGCGCCAUCGGUCUCGCGGCCGCGAUGCCCUUUGGCUUGCCCCCCACCGUCGUCGCCGGUGCCGUCGGUUUCCUGCUUGUCGCCGUCAUAUACAGACUGCUGCGCGGUAACCGAGUCAUCGACCGCUACGAGACAAGACACGCCGAGGAAAAGGAAGAGCCAGUUCCUCAAGUGGUGAUUGAGCCGCUGCACGACUUUGACUGGAGGACCGUGAAGCCGCAGCAGUUCCGGCACUUUAAGCGCGUCUACCACAUUACCAUGGGACUGCAAGCGGACGCGGCUUCGGACCUCAUCGCCAUCGACAGAGACUAUUUGGACAGGGUCACGCACCGCCGGCACCUCAUCCAGAAGCAUGGCAGCGGCGUGCAUGGCAGCCUGCCCGGCGGAGUGGCGGCCGCCAGUGAGCUGUACACGUUCCUGCUGGUCGACUAUCUCCCCACGCGGUUCCCGACCAUGUUUGAGCUGUCCGGGGACAAGUCGCGCUUCACCAACCGUGCGACGGGCAAGUCGUGGCCCACGGCGCCACCCGAGGAUGCGGCGACCGCUCUCAGCAUUCUCGGAGAGACGGUCGAGGAGGACAUGUUUCUGCUGCACGAGACGCCCGAGGGCCACAAGUGCUUUGCCUUUGUCUGCUGCUUCCCCUCGGGCUUCGACCCGUCGGCCAAGGUGGGCAAGCUGCUCAAGGACAUCCACGCGCCGGUGCCAUCGUACGACAAGAUUGGAGCGAGCAUGGAGCGAUUCUUUUCUAAGAUGGAGGUGGGCAAAAGCGUGAAGCGUCUCAACUGGGCACUCCAAACGCACAGCGAGCUGUACAAUUGCAGCGGCAAUCACAUGACGAGCGAGGAGGCAGAGACGGCGGCGCAGGACGCCCACGUCAACAUAGACGAGGUAGGUUUGCUCAACUUUUUGACCCGCUUCGCUUCCUUGCCGUCGUCACACUGACACUCGCUGGCCUGACUGGCAGUCGUACUAUCGGGUCGAGCUGCAGACGCUCACGAGGCUGCCGCGCACACGGGCGUUGCUGUUUUCCUUCAAGACGUAUCUGUACCCGCUGUGGCAGAUCAAGGAGGAAGGGCUGGGCGGCGAGCUGGCGGACGCGGUGGACGGGCUCAAGGCGGGCAACGCGCCGGGGACGUGGGUGUACAAGGGCGCGGCGCGGUGGUCGGAGCGCGUGUGCGAGUACCUGCGGGCGUGAUGUUGUGUAGAGAACCGCGCGCGGCGGUAUGCUGUGGCCAUGACGAUGGUGAUGACGAUUACUACGUAUGACUAUGACGACG